AUGGAGAAGCUGACCGAGCAACCAGGCCAAAUCAGAGCCAGGCGAGGUGCGUUUUCUGAACCUUCAGGUUCCGAAGCAGCAGCAGCAGCAGCAGCAGCCGAGACAACGACACCAACCUCACCAACUACACCAACUGCCCCAUCGCCAUCUCACAUACAAGCACAGCCCUCCUCCAGCACCUUUCGCUCAUCGCAUCAUGAGGGGAAUACCUCGUACGGCCCACAGUAUAGAGAUGCAACCAACGGCCCUCCAGGUGAGGUCGAGUACCACCCUUUUACCGCCCACGACCCCCUCUACUACCACCCUCAAUAUCGCAAGGUCGUGACCUGGAGCCAGCCAACUGCAACCGUGAUCCCCGCGCAUGAUUCUAAUCCCCCGCCGGACCUCCCUUGGGAAGCUCGCACUCGCACUCCCCCCACCCCCACGAACGCUAACCAGAUGCCUCCGCCUCCGUUCCCCCGCAGUCUGCGUCCCCAGCCCCCGCAGCCUCCCUCCAUCCUGAAACCCCCAACCCGGACCGACAAGGAGACACUGCAGAACAACCUCUGGUCCAUGGUGGAGCUCGCCGAUCGCGAGCUCACCGCGUGCCAUGACAUUCUGGCGGCCACGAGCAAGCGGUGCCUGCAGCAUCUCUUCGAGAUCGACGAAGGCCUGAAAUACCUUGACGCGCUGCUCCAGGAGGAUGAGCGGCAGGCAGACAUGCUGCGGAGGUAUGGGAGGCAUCACGAGCGCUCCGCCCAUUGCCUGGCGUAUGGGGAUGUUCAUGUCUACGCGUAUCGGUACGGCCGGGGUCGGGGUUCCAGGAGCACUCGGACUGAGCGAAGGACUGCAGGCGUCAGUUCAACCUAUCGUGGUGGCGGUCUCCAUGAUUGGCAGAAUCGCCAGAGCGGCUUGGACCGUCCCAUUGUCGGUGGACGGGUGGAAAAGAGAGGGAAGACGUCGGACAAUAUGAAGGGGAUUGCAGCUCGAAUCAAGUUUGGGUACGAGGACUUGAAGAACUACCCUUCUCGCCGUAAAUACCAGGGAGUCGAGGACGAGAUUUGGGGUGGGAAUGAGGAUGAGCAAACAGAAUUUGAGACAGAAGAGGAGGAUGCGGACGACGCCGAUGAUGAAGAUUACUAUGAUGAGGACGACAAUGAGGGUUAAUCGAACCAAGUCUCCGGAGAAUGAGAUGGAUAGACUGCG